AUGCAGGAGGAUUACUUCGAUUCCAGUAUGGAUACCUUUUAUCCUGAGGGGAGUCAACCUUUGGUGGGAGAUUCAGAGAAACAUCCACAGAUUCGUCACGAGACUGGAUCCUUUUCACCCCAGCCUCAGCAUCCAGAAACCUUUGAAGAGCUAGAACAGCUUCCCUUUAAGGCCCUGGAAGCUGAACUUUCAGCAAGCACACAACAGAGCCCAGCUGCACUUCUAGGAUCUCCCGAGGAAUCAAAACCUGUGGUAGUUUCAGACUCAGAUUUGCUGUCAAGUACCCCUGAAAAGGGUGAUACUGCUUCAGUCCUGCCAGAAACCCUAGUUCAGCCUACAUUGGCUUCCGAGGAGAGAGGAUCUUCAGUGCCUCAGGAGGUGGAAGCUCAGCCUUUAGAGUCAGGUCAGAGUUUGAAGAAAGUUGAGCCCGUAUCAUCUUUGGUCCAUGAGGUGUCAACGUGGCCUCGAGAGCCAUGGCCUCGAGAGCUUGUAGGUAAACCAUCAGACCAUCCUGAAUAUGUGUCAUCACCAAGUAAGAAUGAGGCUCAACCCUUCAAUGUUCCAAGUGCGAGGGAAACACUUGCAGACAUGACAAUUGACAUGUUUGCAGAGGUCAGUAAUGAGCGUCAGCCUUCUCCCGAGCAGCAGGAGGUCUCAGCUCAGACUCCAAAUGAAGCAACUCCACAACCAGAAACAUCGACAACAUAUCAUUCUUCUCUGACACACUCUUCUGCCCUUCCUGCUGUACGACAUGCUUCAGAAAAGGCACACGUAGAUUUCCCUGAGCAACUGGAACAGAAUGUCUCCAUGACCUUUAACAUAUGUGAGCUCUGUACCUGCACAGAUAAGACCCUCUCCUGCUCCGGUCUCAGUCCAGAGAAGAGGCUCCAUAGAGUGCCUGUGCCAGGGCCCAACACCAACACCUUCACCGUCCUAGAUUUCCAAGGAAACUCUAUUUCUUCCAUUGAUGGAAAUACAUGGAAGGCAUACCCAUGGGUUGAGAAACUAAUACUCAGUGACAAUUCUUUGGCAGAAUUACGUAAGGAUUCAUUUGAAGCCCUUCCAAACCUCAAGUACUUAAUUCUCAGCCAUAAUCCCCUAACAACUAUUGAAGAUUUUUAUCUUUUUAAAUUGCCAGCAUUAAAAUAUCUAGACAUGGGAGCAACACAAGUGUCACUUGCAGCAGUUCAAAACAUCCUCAUGAUGAAUCUUAAAUUAGAAAAGCUGAUCUUACCUAACCAUCUAACCUGCUGCCUCUGCCAAUUUAAAAAUAAUAUUGACGUUGUCUACAAGACAGUCAAACUACGUUGUGACAGUGAAUGUCUUAUCAGCACACACUGUGAUGAAGAAGAAUACAUCAGUAAUAUGGAUGGGGAGUUCAUGAAGGCUUUACUGGCCCGAAAGAAGAGUACCAGCACCGAGCUGACGAUUGAACCAGAGAAGGCCUCAUCCGAGAGAAACAGCCUGUCCCUUUUCCAGCACGAGCACCUAGACAACAGUCAUCAGCGUGAUAUGCUUACUAGACUAGAAUCCAUAAUGUCUUUGUUACAGGUUGGGGACAUAGAUGCAGAAUCAACAUUGUUAUCCUUCAUUAAGUUUCUUUUUAAAGAUGUGCAAGAUGGAGGAAAUCCUCUGGCUCCUUCGAAAACCAGCACGGCUUGGAUUUCUAUACAGCCCGAAUCCAACAGUGAAAUCUACAAUAAGGUGAAAAAAAUCCAUGUUCUCCAAAGUCUGAUCAACACAGAAAUUCAAGAAAAAAUCCACAAAGUUAGAAAGAAGGAGAAAACUGCCACACAGGUCCGUUCCAGUCUUUUCGGGCCCAAAUUUAAACGCCAACUUUUCCCGAAGAUAUUGGAAACUGUCGGGCCACCAAAGAAAAAACACUUAGGAAAUGUUCAGGAGUGGGAGACGCAACCACUGCAAGGGAGCAGCAUGUUCAGGGAUCCCCAGGGCCAGCAGAAGAGGCACUUCAAAGAAGAGGGCACUCCCCUCAGCCAGAGGCGAGGGAAGGCUUGGUCCGCGGCGGGGAAUAUUGCCCAAGAAAGACGGCAGGGGCAGCUGGCCCCGGAAAGACCGAAAGACUUUAUCUUGGCAGGGAGGCCCAGGAAAUUGGUGGAAAGCUCCUUCAACGAGGAGUCAUCCUUCAUCCAGGAGCACAGGGCGCCGGCCUCCGUGCCCCUGGAACAGCACUCCAUGGGCAGCCUGUCUGCCGCCGCUGCUUUCCAAGUGCCACCGGAGGACGAAAUCCCAUCCAAAGACCUGAAAAGAACUCUACGCGUCUUAGAGGAUGCGGGCGCUCGAGUUCGGAACAUGAAGGUUCCUAGCCCCGGGCCACUCACCGGGAAGAACUACCUGUUUCGUAAACUUUACUCUCAGCUGGGCCGCAGAAUACCCCAGGCCAGAGUGAACACAGCGACAAAAGAAGCAGCACCGCAGAGGCCGGUGCUGGCCAGGAGGCCUCCUUUCGGUGCAGUGAAGAGCCUCGUCAACUCCCCGCCGAGGGGGGGGUCUCUGUCCUGGAGACACCAGGACAAACCUGUCACGGAGCCAUUCCUUUCAUUGCGCUCCAGCCAGGAAAAGAAGACCGCGGAGAGCACGCGUGCUCCAAACGGGGGGGAUGCCAGAAGCAUCGUGCCGCCAGAGAAAACUGCCGGUAUCCAAAGCACUGCCCCUGAGGAGGAAGAGGGGACGGAGGACAGCCUCAUGCCUGCUGUCAGACAGCCCAACGAGAUGCAGUGGGAAUAUCACAAGGUGGCCACCGACAUCGACUCUCCCCCACAGAAACCCGACCCCAGAGACGAACUUGAGAUGCAGCUCAUCCAGAAGUUGCGGCCCCUUAUUCCCAACAGUAAUGUGAGGAAGUUCAUUGCCCAAGUAAUUCGGACUCUGAAAAUGGACUGCUCCGAUCCCCGGGUGCAACUGGAGUGUGCCAAGGUGGUCCACAAAACCGGGCUCCUGAUGAAGCUUCUUAGUGAGCGGCAGGACGUAAAGGUGUCCAGUGAAAAAUGGGAUACGGACCAGUGGGAGGCUGAGAACUACAUCAAUGAGAAUACCGAAGGCCAGGGUGAGCAGAAACAGGCGGAGGCAAGUGAGCUCAUAAAAGUUCCAGGAUAUGUUGUGUACCACAAUCAAAAAGCAGUCGUUGCAAUAAAUGUGGCUGUCGUCGUGAUAUUAUUGGUUUUAAUUUUAUGUCUCAUUGAGAUUUAUUCUUGUAGAGCAAGACAGUGUAAAGAUGGAAGAUCCAGGGAGCUCAGGAAAGUCUUGAAGACAGCAGCACGGACUCCGGAGGAGAAAGCAGCCAAGGAGACCAAGACAGCCAAGACUCCCAAGACCCAGGGAGCACAGGGGACACAGGCACCACAGCGCUCCCCACCACCAAUUGUCCCCCUGGCACGACAGACCAGCGAGCCUCCACAUGGCUCCCUAGAACCACAGAACGCAGAGUCACCACACUCCAUCGGGUCUUCACAGCCCGUCGCAGCACGACAGUCCGUCAAGACUCUGCAGACCCCUCAUGUGCAGCAGAUCUUCAGAUCCCAGGAGAUCCUGUCAUCCCCGGAGAUUUCAGAUCAAACGGAUGAGUAACAAAAGGAGUCUUCACAGGCAGCUGUGGUGUUAGAGGCCCUACAGUGAACACCUCCUGCUUCAUACCACCUGGACAUUUUAUUGUCUGAAGAGCCUCUUGGCAGUUGCUGUAAAAUUCUUCUUUUUCGUAUGUUAAAUACAUACAUGCAUAAGA